AUGGUGUCUCGUUUAAAAUUGACAGAUAAAAAAUUAAAUGUUCUAGCAGAAGGCUUAAGGCAAAUUGCUGACACUUCAGAGUCAAUUGUUGGCCGUGUAGUUCUCCAUACUAAACUGGCUGAAAACCUUGAUUUGAAACAAAUCACAGUGCCAGUUGGUGUCCUUCUUGUUAUAUUUGAAUCCAGACCAGAUGCAUUACCCCAGGUUGCAGCUUUAGCAAUUGCCAGUGCUAAUGGUCUUUUGUUGAAAGGAGGGCGUGAAGCAUCAUAUAGCAACAAAAUCUUGCAUGAAUUGGUUCAAGAUGCACUAGAACCUUAUGUCCCCAAAGAAACUGUCAGUCUUGUUAGUCGACGUGAAGACAUUGAGGAUCUUUUAUUGCUGGAUGAAUAUAUUGAUCUGGUCAUUCCACGUGGUUCCAAUGAACUAGUCUCCAAAAUCCAGGAGAUGAGUAAAGGAAUUCCUGUUUUGGGACACAGUGAAGGAGUUUGUCAUGUGUUUGUUGACAAAGAUGCAGAUCCAAUCAAAGCUGUUAAUAUUGUGAAAGAUUCUAAAUGUGAUUAUCCUGCUGCCUGUAAUGCAAUGGAGACUUUGCUUAUACACCGCAGCCUUUUUAGGACAGAAGUGUUUGACAACAUUUUUGAGAUGCUGAAAACUGAACGUAUCAAAGUGCAUUCUGGUCCUCGUUUAACAGGACUAUUAAAGUUUGGUCCUCCUCCUGCUUCUUCAAUGAAAACAGAAUAUAGUGGCUUGGAAUGUACUGUUGAGAUUGUAGAUGAUAUAGAUGAUGCUAUCUCUCAUAUACACAAAUAUGGCAGUGCACAUACAGAUACUAUUGUCACUGAAAAUUCUGAAGUGGCAGAACGUUUCCUGAAGACAGUGGACAGUGCAUGUGUGUUUCACAAUGUUAGUACACGUUUUUCUGAUGGCUACAGAUUUGGAUUAGGUGCAGAAGUUGGUAUUAGCACAGCUCGUAUUCAUGCCCGAGGGCCAGUUGGAGUAGAGGGUCUUCUUACAACAAAAUGGGUUCUUGAUGGAGAUGGCCAUAUUGUCUCUGAAUUCAGUGAAGGAAAAAAGUUAUUUUUGCACCAGAAACUGCCUCUGAAUGAGUAA